AAAUUAAAAAAAAAAUUCCCAACUUCAAAGUUUUGAGAGCAGUAAAUUUUUUCAUUUUUCUCCAAUUUUCUUUCUCUCUCUCUCUUUUUUUUUUUUCCACCCAUUUUCCCUAACUUCCAAACACAACGUUAGGGUUUCGAAUCUACCACCACCGCAGAAACAAGUUACGUACGUGUAAACUGAUUCACUACCCAAGUCAGUUCCUACUAUCAUUAUCGCUUCUAGCUCCCGCGAAGCCUUUCAGAAAAUCGGAUUCCGAAGAGAGAGAGAGAGAGAGAGAGAGAGAGAGAGAGAGCAAGUAUUAACAAUGGCGACUCUACAGUUUCUCACGACUGCUUGCUCCAUCCCAGGAGGAAUUAGACCGACGAGACUGUCAACAGCAUCGCGCGGUGGUAUGAGGAGCAGCAAGCAGCUGGUGUGGGGUGGAGGAAUCCGGAACAGUCUUCACAGUGGUGAAAGAGGAGGAGGAGAAGGAUUAAGGUCGUACAUGCAGGUACCGAUGGUGAUCGAGCAGUCGGAACGAGGAGAGAGGGCCUACGACAUCUUCUCCCGCCUCCUCAAGGACCGAAUCGUCUGCAUCAACGGCCCCAUCUACGACGACACCGCCCACGUCGUCGUCGCCCAGCUCCUCUUCCUCGAGUCCGACAACCCCUCUGAGCCCAUCUACAUGUACCUCAACUCCCCCGGCGGCUCCGUCACAGCAGGUCUUGCAAUUUAUGAUACAAUGCAGUACAUUCGGUCUCCUGUGAAUACCAUAUGUAUGGGUCAAGCUGCAUCAAUGGGUUCUCUCCUCCUGGCUGCUGGUGCAAAGGGUGAGAGGCGGUCCCUCCCAAAUGCAACGAUAAUGAUUCAUCAGCCUUCAGGCGGGUAUAGUGGGCAGGCUAAAGAUAUGACCAUUCACACAAAGCAGAUAAUUAAGGUUUGGGACGCUCUGAAUGAAUUGUAUGUCAAGCAUACAGGGCAGCCCAUAGACAUAAUUCAGAAGAAUAUGGAUCGGGAUUAUUUUAUGACACCGGAAGAGGCGAAGGAAUUUGGUAUUAUUGACGAGGUUAUUAAUCAGAGACCAAUGGCUCUAGUUGCGGAUGCUGUUGGUGGUGAAGGCAAAGAUAGAGGUCCAGAGGUUCAAAGUAGUCUUUAAGAGUAAGAUUUCAUAUCUGGGCCUCUAUAUCCAUUUUGCAUUCGGUUGAAAUAAUUUGCGGAUGUUUAUGUAAUGAAGCUGAGAUUAUUUUAUGAUGUGUGUUGUUAAUUUGUUA